GGGUCUAUAUACUGACUGGAGAGCCCUUAAAUGCUCAUAAGCGAGCUUCUAGCUGUCGGGUUGAUAUAAUAAUGGAUAAACACACCCUGAAGCACGCCGGUCUCAAACGGCUUCUUAUGCCAACAGACAUCAAGACCCUCUUGUUUUGGCAUGUUUACAUGCCUGAAUGGACUCUCUCACUCAUGAAAGGCAGGGCGUCCGUCACUCAGGACUGGGAUGUCACCUUACUCGGGAGAGUCGACAAUACAAUGGUUGCAGAUCCUUGGGGGGCCAUUAUUACACACGAACCGUUGCCGUGAAACAACCCACCGCCCUAUGUGCUCCUACCAGACACCUGCCCGGCAAUACCACGGGGUAGGCUGGUAAUCAAUGAUACAUAUCUAUCGAGGUUACACCGGGCAAAAAGGCGAGCGACGUCGUCGCAUCUCAGAAACGACGUCAAAACAGUGUCGCGGGGCCCAGAUCCAAGUCACCGUUAAAGUUAGUGGCCGGCGUUACCGAAGACCGCCCCGUUGCCGCUGACCGUGUCUCUAGCGUUAGCACGCAACGUUUGUUCAUACUCGGGGGGGAGGGCGGACCGACGGUGAGGAUAUCUGCUUCCACAGGGUCUGCGAUUCGAGUCAAGGGAGAGACAUAUUCUCGACCCGCAAACUCACCCCUCCAGAAAGCACAGAAACGUCGGCAGAGAUUGCAGGACCGGAAAGUCUUCGUAGAAAACACCCGACGCAAGAAAAGCUUCUCGGGGGGGGGGGGCUUGACUCCAAUCUUACCGCACAACCGGGCUGCUGAUCGCGAAUGG